UUCCCCUGACUUCGCCAUUUCAAUUUCUUCUCUUCCGCCGAUUUUUUUUUUUGUUUGUUUUUGCUUCUUCUUCAAUCCAAAUUUCACUUCAAUUCGGCUCCCAAUCGACCCCAUUUCCUCGAUUUUACUGACGGAUUCCACCCUGAUCCGUCCUUGAUGCUGUUGCGAGAGAAUCAUUAGUCAAUUCAUUGCGUAAAUUUGUUGUUGUUCUUCAGAAUCGGAGAGCUGGAUCCGACUCCCGAAGCACCGCAGUCCUUGAAGGCUCCCGCUGCCUCCAAUUCCACUGGAAACGGUCAGAUCCGUUACCGAUCUCCGUCUUCCGCCGAGCUUCUUGACGGCCAAUCGACGUCUCUUCCACUUCAAGAGCAACAGAAACUACUUCAGUUGGAGUUUGACAAGAUGCAUAAACGUCCUGGGAAGCAACAAUCGGAAUCGUUGUCCAACAAGAUCUAUAGAUUCAGAGGGGUGUUAUUGCUCACCUCUCUUUCUCUUUUCCUUAUCUUCUUUAUUCUCUAUUUCAUGCCGGCUCGUGAGGAUUACUCCUUCAACCACCGCAAAGUUUCCCCUGAUCACAGGUCGUCUUCUUCUUCUAAGACCUCUUUUGCUGUAAUUUUUGAUGCUGGUAGCUCUGGGAGUCGCGUCCAUGUCUUUUGCUUCGAUCAUAAUCUCGAUCUCCUUCCUGUUGGCAAGGACAUCGAACUUUUCGAACAACUUAAACCAGGAUUGAGUGCAUAUGCUGACAACCCCAAGAAUGCUGCAGCAUCUCUAAUUUCCCUAUUGGAAAAGGCAGAAAAUGUUGUUCCAAAAAGGCUGCGGCAAAUGACCCCUGUUAGAGUUGGGGCAACUGCAGGCUUGAGGGCCCUGAAAGGUGAUACAUCUGAUAGAAUUUUGCAGGCGGUUAGGGAUCUCCUGCGAGACAAAAGUGACCUCAGGUUGGAGGGAAAUGCUGUGUCUGUAAUUGAUGGAACUCAAGAAGGUUCUUACCUUUGGGUGACGUUAAACUAUCUGCUUGGGAACUUGGGUAAGAAAUAUUCGGAUACAGUUGGAGUUGUAGAUCUUGGGGGAGGAUCUGUUCAAAUGGCAUACGCUAUCUCAGAAAAGGAUGCUUCUCGGCUAUCAAAUGCAGAGGGCGUAUACAUCAAAAAGAUGUAUCUGAAGGGAGCAACUUAUUAUCUCUAUGUUCACAGUUAUUUGCAUUAUGGGUUACUAGCUGCUCGAGCUGAGGUUUUGAGUGUCUCAGAAGAUUCUAGCAAUGAUUGCAUCCUAUCUGGCUACGAAGGAGCAUACCAUUACGGGGGAAAGGACUACAAAGCAUCGGCCUCUUCAUCAGGCUCCAGCUUGAAUGGAUGCAGGAGGACAGUUUUGAAGGCCCUCAAGGUUAAUGAAUCCUCAUGUACUCACAUGAAGUGCACUUUUGGUGGCAUUUGGAAUGGCGGAGGAGGAGACGGGCAGAAGAAUCUCUUCGUUGCUUCGUUUUUCUUCGACAGGGCGGCUGAGGCUGGUUUUGCCGACCCCAAUAAGCCCGUCGCUAAGGUUCGCCCUUCAGACUUCAACGAUGCAGCAAAGCAAGCUUGCCAAAUCAAAGUCGAAGACACCAGUACAUAUCCGAAUGUCGAGAAGGAUAACCUGCCGUAUUUGUGUUUGGAUCUUGUGUAUCAGUACACACUACUCGUAGACGGAUUCGGCUUGGAUCCCUGGCAAGAGAUCACAUUGGUGAAGAAGGUUAAAUACCAGAAUUCCUUAGUUGAAGCAGCAUGGCCUCUAGGCAGCGCCAUUGAAGCUGUCUCGUCGUUAGCCUAAAACGUUAUUCGGCGAAACCGUCCAUCGGAAUCUAGAGUGAGCUCUUCUUCUUCGUUAGCAAGGCGUUGAUUUAUCGUUCAUAGGUAAAAGGGUAAGUUUCAUUUAGGUUGCAUUCUGAAUUUGAAUUUUGGUAAUAAUUGGAAUAUAAUGAUUGAAUCACAAUUUUUUUUUUGUGUAAUAACUCACGUACUAUGCCAAUUUUAUACAAGUUGAGAGAGAGCCAUUCUUUUAGCAA